AUGACUCUAAGCAAUACUCUUUACAAGAAAGUGGCCCAAGAGGGACUUUGUAAGGCGUUUGGCAUUCGACUAGUCACAAAUCCUGCUGUUGUCCAACUUGCGAAAAACGGCGGCUUCGACGCGUUAUUUGUCGACUUAGAACAUUCUACGUUAUCUGUCAAUGACGCUAGUCAGAUUUGCACUGUAGCUCUACAGAUCGGUAUCACUCCUUUUGUUCGAGUGCCAUAUCAAUGUGGGAACGGGUUCGUCCAGCGUGUGCUGGAUGGCGGUGCCAUGGGUGUUGUCUUCCCACACAUCCAUAAUAAAAGAGAUGCAGAGGCCGCAGUGGGAAUCUCAAAGUAUCCUCCGCAGGGAUUUCGAUCGAUGACUGGCCAGCUACCAGUUUUCGGCCUUGAGCCUACUCCAGCUAAGAGAAUCAUCGAGGAAACAAAUGCACACGCCUCCACGGUGCUUUUGAUGAUUGAGACCAAGGACAGCAUCGAAAAUGUGGACGACAUUGCUGCUGUAGACGGCGUUGACGUGCUUCUCAUCGGGUCGAAUGACUUGGCGAUCGAACUCGGCGUCCCUGGCCAAUUUCAAAGCACUGAGUUCCGUACUGCAUUAGAGAAAGUGAGCCAGUCUUGCCAUAAACAUCGCAAGAUCUUUGGUCUUGCGGGAAUCUACGACGCCCCGGACAUCCAGAACUGGGCUUUGAAUACUUUGGGGGCUCGGUUCAUCCUUGCACAGCAAGAUUCCGGAUUAAUUGCCAGUGCUGGAAAGAAAUGCGCUGAUGCUCUCUCUCAGAUUUACAAGCAAUAG